CACAAAUUACCCACUCGUGACUGGUUCCCUUCCAUUGAGCUCAUGCCGGCACAAUAUAAAGCUGACAACGUGUUAAAUUAAUACAAUUAAAAUGCUGUGAUAAACUGAUAUUCAUUAGUUAAUUACGAGUUUCUUUUAUUGAAUUCUUAUUCUAUCACAAAACAACCGUUGGAAAUAUAAUCCGUGUUAAGGGCUUCGUUAGAAUUGCAACUGUGUGAGAUGGGCGUGAAACAAUCGAGAUUCAACAACGUACUCGUAGUACAAACUGGUAAUCAGAGAGGUUCGUCUACUGAUUCCGAUGUUUUCGUUAUAUUAUACGAUACUUCGGGAAACGCCACCGAGAAGAUGCUUCUAGACAACAUCUGUAAAGAUGAUUUUAAAACAGGCGCCCAUGACACGUUUUUUAUUAAUCUGCCAGUUUCAUUUAGAGAAGUGGCGAAAAUUGAACUUUGGACUAAACAGUGUCAUAUCGAGUUAACGUCUUCGAAUUGGUUUAUUGAUGUAAUUGAAUUUAGGCGCCAUUUUGGAGGAAAUACCAUCACUUUUCCUGUUUUCCGUUGGAUUAAACCAGAAGUCCAUUAUUAUUUGUAUCCGUGGGAUGCUUUCUUACCUCACCAUGAUCCGGAUAAAUCUCAACGUGCGGCCGAAAUCGAAUACAAAUGUACGAUCUAUAAGUUAAACUAUCAAGAAAAUUUUCCUGUUACGUGUGAAGAACUGCCACGCGACGAAGAAUUCCCAUUAAAAUAUAAGAGAGGCAUUUUAACAAAAAAGUUGGACAUAAUUUUGUCAGCUAUGUGGACCAAAAUCGUAACAGGGGAUUGGAAUACACUCAAUGAUGUAACCAAUAUUUAUCGCAGAAGAAAACUUCCGAUGCCCAAGUCUGUUAAAUUCUGGCGGGAAGAUACAUGGUUUGGAUAUCAACGUCUAAAUGGUUGCAAUCCCACAGUAAUUACCCUCUGUGAAGAAAUACCAUCCAAGUAAGUCGAGAUUCUUUUCAGAACUAAUGGUGAUCUGUUAGUGAAUUAUGAUUUAGGGAAGAUGGAAAAUUCGGUUAAGUUCGUAUGCCACGUGGAGACGAUAAUUUUCGAUAGUCUUUAUUCAGGGAAAGAGACAACUAAUCCUAAUACAAAUACAAAAUUUGACAUUUUGAGGUAAAGGACGAGUCGAUUCCAUCGAGAGCAGUGCUUCUUUUAUCCAUCCUGAAAGGAGGAAAGACAAAGGCAACACCGGUGGAAUUUGAACUCAGAAUGCUAAG